AUGGCGCGGUGCCUGGAUUUAAAGGAUGACAGCGUCAUAAAGGAGCAUGGUGAACGAGGAUCCAUAGACACAAGAUUCGGAAUCUACCCACGUUGUGCACGGCCUGAUCAAGUGAUAAAUCAUGGGAUGACGAGUUCAUUCUUGGAUGAAUUGCUAAAUGUUUCCAAGCAAUUUUUUGGGCUUCCUUUAGAUGAGAAACUGAAAUAUUGCCCAAUUCCAUCGAAGAACACUACCAAAUACUUCAAUGGGUAUGCAAAUUCCUCCUUUAUUGCAGGAGAUGAGAAAUCUUUGAACUGGAAUGAUAGAUUAUUUCUCAUAGCUCAUCCUGACAAAUAUCGUAAACUCCGAUUUUGGCCUCAAAAACCACACAACUUCAGUGUGAGCAUCAUCUUGUGUUUUCCGAUUAUAUAUGCUGACGUUCAAAAUGAGUCAAGUCUAAACUUAAAUAUAAUGUCAGAGUCGAAAGAAUUGGUAAAGGAAUACAGUUUGAAGCUAAAAAUGAUGUUUGAUGUUCUCCUAAAAGCGAUGGCGAAGUCUAUACGAUUAGAUGAAAAUAGCUUGUUAAAUCAAAUGGAUGGAGGAGUUAUCGCAACAACAUUUGCAAUGUAUCCUCGCUGUUCAUCUCCUGAUCGUGUUUACGGCAUUCAUCCACAUACUGAUGGAUCAACUAUUACAGCACUUUUACCUGAUCGUGUUUACAUAUUCUUAGAAUUGGUCAAGGAAUACAAUUUGAGGUUAAAAAUUAUGCUGGGAGUCCUCCUUAAAGCCAUGUCAAGGUCUAUAAAAAUAGAUGAAGAUAGUUUGUUGAAUGAGAUGGAUGAAGGAGCCAUAGCAACAAGAUUUGCAAUGUAUCCUCGUUGUUCGUGUCCUGAUCGUGUUUAUGGAGUUCAUCCACAUUCUGAUGGAUCAGUUAUUACGGCACUUCUACCAGAUAAGGAAGUAUCUGAAGGCUUAGAUAUCAUGAAAGAUUAG